AUGCGCCGCCAUGUUCUGAAAGGCUUCAUGAUGGCCGCUCCAGCUGCAUCGGUCCUCGCAGUGCCUGCCCGAGGCAUUUUCACGCCGUGGGGGUCUGUCCCGCUUGAGGAAUGGGCGUCGACGGAGUCUUGGUUGAAGCGCAUCACCAACAGGUCAAAGUAUCGUAGCUUUGAGUUCUGCCAUGUCCCAGAGGUUGAGCCUCCUCUGGGUGUUAAACUCUCCGCGGUGGAGCAGUACCUGCUCAGCUGCGUGGAGGACGACACCAACCGCCUUAUGAAUAUAUCCUGGACGUAUGAUUUUGACUCAUUCUGGAAAGACCGCGUGAACUCUCACGAUCUCCUCUAUAAGGCUUUAUACCUGAAUCAGUUUCCGUUUUACAGGUUUUUUUUUGGAGACUGCUCAAGCAACGAGGCAGGACGGAAACACAUUGAAAAAAAGCUGAAUUAUCUCAAGGCUGUACUGCACUGGGCAGGGAAGACGGAGAGGCGCUAUACGGCUAUAAUGAAGGCCAGAUUUACGAUGCAGCGCGAGAUCUGGAAUUCGCUGGAGCGCGAGCGGUACCUCAUGGGGUGCGUGGAAAUCGUAGAAUCCUUCAAGAAGAAGGUGCCAGAGGAGUUUGCUGCAAAGGCCAUUGCGGAACUUGAAACCGAACUCAGCAGCAUGCGGCACUGGGUGUGGGACUGUCCCAACGCGAAAAGGACAUACAAGCAGUUAGCGUGA